AACGGGCAGCGCGCACUCCGAGGCGGCUUCUCCAGAGCGCAGGCUGGAACCGGCGGGCGCAGCGAGCCCAGAGCACCCCACGAGCUGAGCGUGCAGGACGCGCCCCCACCACACGCACCCCACGGCCGCUGAAUGAGGCCCGCAGCGCCCCGCCGGAGGUCCGCCCGCUGAGGCGCCCGGUGCGCGCACCUGCCAGCCCGCGAGCCAUGGGGCAGCCCGGGAACAGCAGCGUCUUCUUGCUGGCGCCCAACGGAAGCCACCCGCCGGACCACGACGUCACGCAGGAACGGGACGAGGCGUGGGUGGUGGGCAUGGCCAUCGUCAUGUCGCUCAUCGUCCUGGCCACCGUGUUUGGCAACGUGCUGGUCAUCACGGCCAUUGCCAGGUUCGAACGUCUGCAGACGGUCACCAAUUACUUCAUCACUUCUCUGGCCUGUGCCGACCUGGUCAUGGGCCUGGCAGUGGUGCCCUUUGGGGCCAGCCAUAUCCUCAUGAAAAUGUGGACUUUUGGCAACUUCUGGUGCGAGUUUUGGACUUCCAUUGAUGUGCUGUGCGUCACGGCCAGCAUCGAGACCCUGUGCGUGAUCGCGGUGGAUCGCUACUUCGCCAUCACAUCUCCCUUCAAGUACCAGAGCCUGCUAACCAAGAAUAAGGCCCGGGUGGUCAUCCUGAUGGUGUGGAUCGUGUCAGGCCUUACCUCCUUCUUGCCCAUCCAGAUGCACUGGUACCGGGCCACCCACCAGGAAGCCAUCAACUGCUACGCCAAGGAGACCUGCUGUGACUUCUUUACGAACCAAGCCUAUGCCAUUGCCUCCUCCAUCGUGUCCUUCUACGUGCCCCUGGUGAUCAUGGUCUUCGUCUACUCCAGGGUCUUCCAGGUGGCCAAAAGGCAGCUCCAGAAGAUUGACAAAUCUGAGGGUCGCUUCCACGCGCAGCACCUCAGCCAGGCUGAGCACGAUGGGCGGAGCGGGCACGGGCUCCGCAGGUCCUCCAAGUUCUGCUUGAAGGAACACAAAGCCCUCAAGACACUGGGCAUCAUUAUGGGCACUUUCACCCUCUGCUGGCUGCCCUUCUUCAUCGUCAACAUUGUGCAUGCGAUCCAGGAUAACCUCAUCCCUAAGGAAGUUUACAUCCUCCUGAACUGGGUGGGCUAUGUCAAUUCUGCUUUCAACCCCCUUAUCUACUGCCGGAGCCCGGAUUUCAGGAUUGCCUUCCAGGAGCUUCUGUGCCUGCGCAGGUCUUCUCUGAAGGCCUAUGGGAAUGGCUGUUCCAACAACAGCAACGGCAAAACUGAGUACUCGGGGGAGCAGAGUGCCUAUCACGUGGAGCAGGAGAAAGAAAACGAACUGCUGCCCGAGGACCCCCCAGGCACGGAAGACUUUGUGAAGUGUCAAGAAUGAAAUGUGUCAACAUUUGGAAGAUCUGCAUAAUUCAGUGAACUCAUAUUUUCCCAAUAACUAAUGCAUGGUAUUACAAAGUCAUGCAAGCAUAAAAGAUCUGUUAAAAGGGGUCAUCACCCCAGUUCAGAUUCUUCUUCCCUCUCGUCUGGAAGAUCCAACGUCUUUCAAGUCCUCCACCCACCCUGCUCUCUCUGGCCUAUGCAUCUUUUGCAAUUGACAUUGCUUCUGCCUGGAGUGUUCUUCCACUCCUUUAUACUCCAGGUCUCAGUUUAAACAUCACUUGCUUCUGGAAGCAUUUUUGGAUCCCUCCAA